AUGCUCACUAGAAGCAAGGUAAAGAACCAAUCAGGUAACCCUACAGAGCCCCAAGCCUCACAGGUAUGUGUAGAUCCUAGUGUCACGGUGCCUCAAGCAGGUGGAGGUUCGCUUGGAGCCACUCCAAGCGUCGAUAUCUCCACCUCAAAUGCUGGAGGUACUCACUCUAAUAGGUCUAAAUCUACAUCCAGCACAGUUAAAGCUCGCUUACAGGCCGAAGCUCUUCACGCUAAGGCUAUGCUUGAAAUUGAGGAGCAGUUAGCUAAGGCAAAGAGGGUAGCUCAAGACAAACUUCUGGCAGCUCAACUCGCUGCCAUCGAGUCUAGUACACGCAAUAAUUCCGUCAACUCUUGGGUUCACAGUUUGCCUGACCAUUUCUCGGAUAUCGUAUCAGCCGCUGCACAGCCGCAGAAUCCCGCCGCUUCAAGUGCAGAGGACAGUCCAGGUCCUUUUGAUGCUGUCAACACGGUACCCAAAGUUUUGAAACAUUUAGAUCAGUUGGAGUAUUUGCAUUCACCGGAACUUUACAACACAAUUUUAAUAAAGUUAACACCGUUGAUGCGUAUGCUGUGGACACGCUAUGCCGCUGAACACACAGUAAGGGGACCCCAAGGUGAUGUUGAAACCUUCGCGUUACUGGACGAUGGAUCUACAGCGAGCUUAAUAGAUUCCACCAUCGCGCGUCAAAUAGGUACCCAGGGCAGAGAUGGACGCAUACGUAUACAAGGCGUAGGAGAUCUGUCUAGGCAAACGGUUUCGGUUCAAGACAUUCAAUACUCACACCUGAGUGACAUUGUUUCUGAUCUCACAUAUGAAGAUGCCAAGCCUAAAGUUCUUAUUGGCGCCUCGGAUUGGUUUUUGACAGUACCACAAGAGUUAAGGUCAGGCUUGCGUUCACAACCAGUAGCCACUCGUACCAGGCUAGGCUGGGUACUUCAUGGUCUUUCUAAGAAUAGUAGGAAUGUUAAAGGAUUUGAUUUUAUAAAUAAAACCAAUGUGGAAAAUAUCGACUUAGCGGAACUAGAUAAUUUGGUCAAGGAACAAUUUAAAUUAGAAGCUUUAGGAAUUACUAAACGUUCCACAUCGUGCGGACCUUUACACGAGCGUGCAUUACAAACUCUCGACAAGACUGCUGAAAGGUUACCAAGCGGUAGGUUUAAAGUCGGUUUGCUCUGGCGAGAGGAUAACCCGCAUAUCCCUGAUAGUUAUGCUCUAGCUCGUUCUCGUUUCAAUACUUUAGAGCGUAAAAUGGCUAAAGACAAAGAUUUGAAAAUUGCGUAUUCUAAAUUUAUUACCGAUAUUAUUGACAAAGGUUAUGCUAAAGAGUGCGAUGAUACGUACCAGUCACUUGUAAAGAAUAAUUGUAGGUUCUGGUACCUCCCUCAUUUUGCGGUUUUCCAUCCACAAAAAAAGAAAAUCCGCGUGGUACACGAUGCAGCUGCUCGAACAGAUGGAGUCAGCCUCAACUCGUUAUUAUUGCCCGGGCCCGAUCUAUUGCCUUCCCUUCUAGGAAUUCUAUUUCGUUGGCGUGAAGGACGUAUAGCAAUGAUAGGAGACAUAAAGGAAAUGUUUCCACAGGUGAAGAUAAUAGAACGGGACCAGGACAUGCAACGGUUUUUAUGGAGAGAUGCGGACUGUGGAGGUCCCGUCAAGGAAUAUAAAAUGACCUCUAUGAUUUUUGGUGCCACUUCCAGUCCUUGCACUGCCAUUUACAUUUUGCGCAAAAAUGCACAGGAACAUGAGUCUCGGUUUCCUGACGCCGCUGACACUAUCAGAAACACAUACAUGGAUGACUGCGUCAUUAGUGUCAACGACGUCAAACGCGCAGCUCGCCUUGUCGCUGAUAUUGUCGAAUUGCACAGUCUAGCAGAAUUUGAGAUGAGGGGAUGGGUAUCUAAUAAUAGUGAAGCUCUUCAAUUGUUACCACCAGAGCUCUGCGCCACGACACCUACAUCUGUGGUUCCCCUCGCUCCUGCUACCUCAACUUGCCGUGUAUUAGGAUUAAUCUGGGACACAGCUCAAGAUGCGUUACAAUUUCGCCCAACAAAAACGCAGCAAUCUGAAUUGCCUAAAUUAACAAAAAGAUCCGUUUUAUCUUGCGCCAUGUCCUUGUACGACCCAUUAGGAAUUCUUUCGCCACUGACAGUUCAUAGCAGGAUACUCCUUCAAAAAUGUUGGCGAACAGGAGUAUCUUGGGAUGAACCCUUACCGAUGGACCAACAAAAAGAAUGGGGUUCAUGGUUAGACAGUAUCGCGUUAGUGGAAAAUAUGAACAUUCCACGUUGCUAUGCGUCUCAUUGCAACGCGGACUUAGACCAAUCUGAGCUGGAGCUACACGUCUUUGCUGAUGCCAGCGAGUUAGCUUACGCGAGUGUCGCGUACUGGCGUAUUUUGGAUUCAAACGGUAAAGUCAAAUUAUCCUUCAUUGCAGCGAAGUCACGGGUCACUCCACUCAGGCCAGUCUCGAUGCCGUGUCUGGAGCUGCAGGGUGCUCUGCUGGCCGCACGCCUCGCGCCCACUAUACUGGCGGAGCACGAUGUAACUCCAUGUAGGCGUGUAUUUUGGAUAGAUUCAAUGAACGUUCUUGGUUGGCUAAGAGCUGAAGCCCGCUCAUUAAAACCCUUUGUUGCCAACCGUGUAGGAGAAAUAUCCGAAAUCACUGAGGUCUGUGAAUGGCGGUGGGUUCCGACUAGUUUAAACGUCGCGGACGAAGCUACUCGAAUGAGUUCUGCAGUCUCCUCUCGAUGGGUUAACGGUCCUAGUUUCCUCCUUAAGAGUCAAGAAACUUGGCCCUCGGAGACUUUGCCACCCGUUAGUUUAACUCAGAAUGAUUUCGGACGGGAGUUUAAGGCAGAGUACAUACACAUUCAUGCCUUAGACGAUCAAAAUUCUCACACGCCAACGCCUAUUUCGUUUACAUUGGCGGCGGACCCUUCGCGAUUUAGCAGUUGGUUGCGGAUGGUGCGUGCAACCGCCCGCGCGCAUCAGUAUAUCAAAAUCCUCCGCAAUCGCAUAAAUUCAAAAUUGGGGUCACAUAAUUUGGCUACACGUUUCUCUUCAUCCUCGCGCGCUCAUAAUAGUCAUCCAGCGCAUUCAUUAUCGUCUCUACCAUUGCUCAGCGACGAGGAUUUAUACACGGCAGAGGUUCACAUCAUUCGUCAAUGUCAAGAAGAGUCCUUCUCAGAAGAAUUGAGGUCGAUUCGCCGACGUCAAGCAGUCAACAGAAGCAGCCGUCUUCUUCGUUUGACUCCCACGCUCGAUUCUGAAGGCCUACUCCGAAUGAACGGAAGAGUCUCUGCCACGCCUGAUAUGCCCUCGUUCACUAAGAGACCGAUAAUAUUGGAUGGUCGUCACCACACCGCUCGCCUCCUUGUAACACACUAUCAUAAAAAAGCUGCUCACGGACUGAAUGAACUUGUGGUGAACGAGAUACGCCAACGUUACUGGAUUUUGCGACUGCGAAACACAAUCCGCUCCAUAGCUCUGCGUUGUACUAUCUGCACAAUUCGUCGCGCGAGUCCGGUUCCACCACCGAUGGGAGACUUGCCGCCGGAGCGUCUGGCUCAUCAUCGGCGCCCAUUUACAUUUGUGGGACUAGACUACAUGGGGCCGAUGAUAGUCGCAGUGGGAAGACGACGAGAAAAAAGAUACGUUGCCCUUUUCACGUGUCUUACUACCCGAGCCAUUCAUCUGGAGAUUGUACACAGCCUCUCAGCGGACGCUGCAGUCAUGUGCCUGCGACGAUUUGUCGCUCGAAGAGGUACCCCAUGCAAGAUAUUGUCAGAUAAUGGGACUGCCUUCGUUGGGGCUAAUAAUCUACUUCUUGCAAGCUACCAGCAGUGUUUCGGAGACGAAUGUGCUAACCAACAUAUUUCCUGGCAGUUCAUACCCCCUUCAGCUCCUAAUAUGGGGGGAGCGUGGGAACGGAUGGUUCGAACAGUGAAGACGGCGCUGAAAGCCAUGCUGGCAGAGCAAGUGCCCAAAGACGAGCUUCUAUGCACCGCUCUUCAUGAAGCAGAAGCACUGGUGAACAGCAGACCGCUUACCCACGCGUCCAGCGAACCUCACGCUCCCGAAUCACUAACGCCGUUUCAUUUUCUCAUCGGUUCAUCGUCACCGUAUCAUCCCAUCAAGACUGAUGCCGGGGACCUGCUCAGUAGGAGUGAUUGGAAGAAGUCUCAACGCCUCGCUGAACUAUUUUGGCAGCGUUGGGUCAAAGAGUACCUUCCUCUAAUCGCUCCUAGAAGGUCGCCCAAAGGUUCUUCGUCGCAGAAUUUCCGAGUUGGUGACCUCGUCCUUAUCGCGGACGGUAAUCUCCCGCGGGGAACAUGGCCUCGAGGCAGAAUAUCUGCGGUCCACCCCGGCAAGGACGGAAUAAUCCGCGUCACAGAGGUCACCACUCCCGGCGGAAUUCUGCGGCGACCAGUCACCAAGCUGGUCAAACUACCAUCCAGUCCCCCUCCUGACUAA